CUCUCCCCUUUCUCCUUUUUCUCACCUCCUCCUCCUCCUCCUCCUCCUCCCUCAGCCCACACAAGCCAAAACCCAAUUCAUUACUCUCUCUCUCUCUCUCUCUCUCUCUCUCUCUCUCUCUCUCUCUCUCCUGUUCUUCCUCUGUGAGCCCAAGCUGGUUCUUCUUCCCUCCUCUUCUCACUCUCUCUACUCUCCGGAUUUCCUUGGAAAUUGUAUUUUCUUGGAUUGUCUUCCCCCCAAUCUCUGAGCGUUUUUUAUUUAGUAAAUCUCUGGUAUUCAAAUUUCUGGUCAAGAUUGAGCUAUUGGGUCACUAAAUAUUCUUCCUAUUGUUAUGGAUUUCGUGAAAUUUUGUUGGGAGUGAAACUAAAGUUUGGAUCUUGGACGGAUAAGUUGAGGGGCCUCUGUUGCGUGUGGCUGCGAUUGAAGGAGUUUUAAUUGUUUUUUUUUUCGGAGUUGGAUCGUGUGAUUUUUAGGGUUUCUCGGAUAGUGAAUAGUGGGAGAAACUGAUUUGUUGUUCGGAUCGAGAUAUGGGUUUGUAGUUGUUUAGUAUUUCGUGAUUUGAGAAAGCGAAAAUUAAUUGUUUUUGGCGAGGGUAUUGGUUCUGGUUGUGGUGUAGCGGUGGUGUGUUACAGUAAGCUUUAUCGGUUGCUCAAGAAUUGAAGCAAUUUGAAGUGAUGGUUUCUGCAGCAGCUAUGGCUAUACAGGAUCAAAGUGUAGGCACUCUGUCUAAUGCAGUUGUUCUGAAGAGCAGUCAGCUGAAGGAGCAGUUUUCUUCCGGGAAUGACUAUGCUCUAAAGGUGAGAAAACCAUACACAAUCACGAAACAGAGAGAAAGGUGGACAGAAGAAGAGCAUAAGAAGUUCAUUGAGGCUUUGAAGCUUUAUGGUCGUGCUUGGCGGAAAAUAGAAGAGCAUGUGGGCACCAAAACUGCUGUUCAGAUUAGGAGCCACGCUCAAAAAUUCUUUUCCAAGGUCGUUCGCGAGUCAAGUGCCAGCGAUGCAGCCUUACUAAACCCUGUUGAGAUUCCUCCUCCUCGUCCAAAGAGAAAACCGACACACCCUUAUCCUCGCAAACCGGUAGCUGCUCUUAAAAUUGGAACCUCAACUGCAGAACAAUUAAGGAGGUCCACAUCUCCGACCUUGUCAAUAUGUGUGAGAGAAAAUCAGUCUCCAACUUCGGUACUGUCUUCAACUGGUUCAGAAAUUCUGGGUACUUCAGAUUCAAAUACACCAAAUGGUAGCCUAUCGCCAGUUUCGUCAGCUGCUGGUAGUGGCUUAUCACAUUCUGAUUCACCCAAUUCGUACCCAGAAGAAAUUGGUUCUCCAUUCCAAUUAACUGCCAGUUUAUCCCCUGAUGAGCAAUUUCAUGUGAAGUUGGAAUUGUUUCCUCAAGACAUUGCUUUGGAUAAACAAGAGCCAGUUGAGGCGGCUUCUACUCAGAGUCUGAAGCUAUUUGGGAAGACGGUUUUAGUGAUGGAUUCUCUCAGAUCAUCUUCACCUGCCAUGGGAACUUCCAAACCAUUGCCUUCUGACACAAACCAUAAUUUAGUGCCCGGAGAAUUGUCAUUGCCCACUAAGGAGGGUGAAUGGUUGAGUAGAGAAUCUGCAGCACCCCACUACAUGCAAGUGCCAGAUGGAAAUUCGUUUGCAGCCCAUGUUGGUUCUGGCCCUUCUCUCCCAUGGUUUGAUUUCUAUGGAGGAAUUCAAUGUCCUUUCUUCCCACUGCAGAACCCGGUUAGUGGGCUAACCCAGGACAGUGAAGUUAAAAUGGAAAAGGAAGGAUCAUGGACUGGAUCAAACACUGAAUCAGUAAGUGCUAGGGGAGACAGUGAUACGAAUUGGGAAGCUGAGACCCAAAGUCACCAACUUUCUUUUGAUGAAGAAAACGAGAGGCAACCAAAGCUCGUGCGUAAACCUAAUGCAUCUUUCUCUGAGCGAAGAGCUAGCCUUGACAAAUCUCCGAAGAAGGGGUUUGUACCGUACAAGAGAUGUUUGGCGGAGAGAGACAUCCAGUCGUCGCCAAUGAUUAUUAGUGAGGAGAGAGAAGAGCAAAGAGUUCGCCUUUGCUUGUAGUUGCCAUCUCCGGAGCUCUGUUAGCAUAAAGCUUAUUUUGGUAGUCACAAGUUAUUUUUGACAGGUUGAGUAACUGAUUUAAGGUAUGGAGUGUAAUGACUCGGCUUUAAGCAGCCAAUUGUGCAGUUUUUGCAAUGUUUCGUCUGUAUUUUUUCAUUCUUC